ACAGAUAUUUUCGCAUAAGCGUGUAUGUUUUGAUUCCGGCAUCCGCACGCCGUGUGAUUUUUUUGUUUUGAAUCUUUUUUGCAUUGUGGCUUUAAAUGCCGGUUAGGGUUACAUUUUCAUAUUAUUUACCAUGGAUCUUUACAGUAAAGUGUACACCGAGGCUCUGCAGAAGAAUACAGCGGAAGCGACAAAAUGGAAACAAUACGAGCAAGAACAUCAGGAAGUGAAAUCCAAUCUGGACCUGUAUCGCAAGCAGUUCAAAGUUGAUAUUCUUAUCCCGAUCGGAUCAAAAGCCUUACUCCCGGGAUACUUGUACCACACCGGGGAAGUGCUGGCCAGUCACGGUUCCGGUUACUUUUCCGACUGUACCGUCGAUCAGGCCAAAUUAAUCGUUGAUCAUCGCCUUAAAGCCGCCCGGGAAAUGCUGCAAAAAUACGACAGGGAGCGAGAACUUUUUACCGAUAAGAUGGAAGUGCCUUUUGCAGAGGAAGCAUUUGGAGGUCAGGAAAUCAUCGAAGAAUACGACGACCAACGAGAAAGUGUGUGGCGCGAAGAGCAUCGACAACGUGUCAAGGAAAGCAAAACACGCGAGGCGCAGGAAAGGCAGCAGAACAAGCAGGAUAGCAGAGACCGACAAAUCAUGGAGCAUCUGGAAGAGUUGGAGCUGAUGGAGGAGCUAGAAGCGGAAAUAGACGGAUUGAAUGUGCCCCCCAACGACGAACAGUUGCACAAGUUGAUGUCUGGCGAGAUCAGGUUGAGUGAAAAAAAGAGAAUUGCUCACGAUCGUGAAACAGAACACCACUCAAACACAUCAUGCACUCCGGUGAACAAUUCCUCAAACGACGAACAAUGUGAAAUUGAAACCACUGACGACGACGAGGAGGAGGACGAAGAGUCGAGUGCUUCGGAAGAUAACGUUUCACCAGCAUUCUUAAAGCUUUUGCAGGUUACCAAGAGCAUGAACAAACGCGACAAAAUCGAAACUUUCAAGCAAGAAUUGAAGGAAAUUCAACUUAAAUUAAAACAAAGUGAAACCACCAUCGAAGAAAAGGUGGACCUCUACGAUCUGUCGUACGAGCUGGAAGAAGCACUUGAUUUUCUCCUUCCUUCUUGGGAAGAAUCCGGUGAGAAAAGCGAAAAAAGAAAAAAAGUUAUCAAGUUUGCGAACGACGUGAGCGUUAAAAUCAUUGAUGAUGAAGAAACAAACACAAAGUGCAACAGCACACUGGAGCUUAAAAUCAAACAUUCUGAUGAAUGCACCACAUAUUCGACGCCAUCCGAUGGAAACAACGAAAUUCAAAGUCCAGUUGACAUUUACCGUUUGUUUGAGCAUUGCACAUCAAAAGAGAUCGUUGCUCCGCCCAAGUUGGAAACCAAAUCAAUUUUGAAAAAGCGAAACGCAACCCAACAGGAGGCUAAACACAUCGAGUCUGUAACUAAGAAAAAGAGUAGCAUUGCAACAGACAUCAUCGGAGACGUCGUUGAACACAAAGUCACAAAUCCUGAUUCCAAUCCAUGUUCGGCUAUAAAACAAGACUUUACAGAACCGAAAAGGGUCAGCCGGUUUAAACAGCUUCGUAAAUGAUUUUUUUUUUUUUUUGGCGCGUGAAAAUAAUGAGUUUAUCAAAAAUAUAUUAUCAUAAAAUAUAAAUAUAAUAUCAUAACA